CUCAUUCGUCUGUGCGUCAAAGCCGAGGCUCAUUUAUCCUCCAGCAGUCAAGCAGACCGGACUGAGUCUGUGUGUAUACUGAGUGUGGCGCGUGGUGUGGUGUGUAUACUGUGUGGUGUGUGUGUGUGUGUGUGUGUGUUUGUGGGGAAAACGUGGACAUCAUCUUCAUCAUCAUUAGAGCUCGUGCUCAAACUCAGAGACGCGCAAAACUUCGUGACCGAUGCUGAAGAACACGGAGCGCAAGCUCUUGGAGAACCCGGAGAACUGCGUUACUCGAUGUGGAGUUGUUUGUCUCGGAGAUAGAGGAACGGAUUCAUGACUGGGUUUCGGAUCUGACAGAAGACAUAGAGAGAGAGAGAGAGAGAGAGAGAGAGAGAGAGAGAGAGAGAGAGAGAGAGAGAGAGAGCUCUGUCCUGCCUAUAUUCACAGCGCUUGGUUGAAAUCCAUGUUUGCUGCGGCGCGCUCUCGGAGGCCGUUCGCGCUACACUUCCGUUCCCUCAACGCCGCAGCUUGAGUCAUGACUUCUGGUUAUGCAGCGCAUGUAAUGGACAGAGCGAUCACUGCGGCCAACCUGGACCAUUUACACGCCAAGAAGAACUUUUCCGUGAGCCACCUGCUGGACCUGGAGGACGUUCCGGAGAUGGCCGGAGCUCAGGCCGAGGAGAGCAGCGCGGACGCAGGCACAGGACACCUGGAGUCACCGGGGCUCACCAGCGGCAGCGACACGGCGCAGCAAGACAAUGAGCAGCUGAACUCUGAGGAGAAGAAGAAGCGGAAGCAGAGGAGAAACAGGACCACGUUCAACAGCAGUCAGCUGCAGGCCCUGGAGCGGGUGUUUGAGAGGACACAUUACCCCGACGCUUUCGUCAGGGAGGACCUGGCACGCAGGGUUAAUCUCACCGAGGCCCGCGUGCAGGUGUGGUUUCAGAACAGAAGAGCUAAAUUCCGGCGUAACGAGCGUGCGCUGUUGGCGAGUAAAAACGCUUCACUGCUCAAAUCCUACUCUGGAGACGUGACGUCGGUGGAGCAGCCAAUCGUUCCGCGGCCAGCGCCGAGGCCCAGCGAUUACCUGUCCUGGGGAAGCUCACCUCAGUACAGCGCCAUGGCCUCGUACUCGCCGUCAUGUGCCAACAACAACGCGGUGCAGGGAGUGAACAUGGCCAACAGCAUCGCCAACCUGAGACUGAAGGCCAAGGAGUACAGCAUGAACCAGGUGCCAACCGUCAACUGACAGAGGAAACCAGCUCCAAAGCGGGAGACGAGUGGCACCGAGCUGCUAUGAUACCCGACAAAGACCUUUCACACAAACACUUCUGUCUGUGUGGACUCGAAGGCUCACAAGAAAAACAUGUUUAAAGAAAACUUCUAAAGCAGUGAUUGACGUCAGCGGCGCUCUAAAGUUUGGCAUAGCGAGGAAAACUCGGCUCGAUUUAACGGGAAAUGGAAAGUGUGUGUUUUCACGUUUGCCACAGCCGCACAGGCGUCGCUCCUCGAGGAGGAACUUUACUCCACGCUUAUGGAGACUGAAGCAGCUCCAUGGAUGAACAUUUUGGAAUUUAGCAAUGCAAAUCUCAUGGACCUUAAGUUCUGGGAGUCUUCAGGACUUUUCCUUGAUUUCUCCCGGGACAUAAUCACGACCACAGACUGGAUUGUUUUUGUUUUAGGGAAAAUAUACCUUUGUAAUGAAUAUACUUUUUAAGAUUUUGCUGUUGGGUUUAUGUUACUGAUGUGUAUUUUAAAGCAUGUCAAAAAAUGCGUAGGUCUCCACACACACACACACGCACACACACAGCACCACAAUACACACAGGAAGUACACACAUUGCACACACAUACACAACACCUUGCCAACACUGUACACAUUUAUAUUAAAAAUAAAACCUACUAGCCAUGUCAGUCAUAGUUCUUAGGAAGGAGGUGUGGCCUGUAUGCCUGUCAGUCAUAGUCCCAUAGAAGGAGGUGUGGCCUGUAUGCCUGUCAGUCAUAGUCCCAUAGAAGGAGGUGUGGCCUGUAUCCCUGUCAGUCAUAGUCUUGGGAAAGGAGGCAUGGUAUGAAUGUCAGUAGAUUUCCCAGUGAAGGAGGCGUGGCCUCAACACUUGAAAGUCAGAGAGGAGGUGUGGCUUGCAUGUACAGAAUUCAAGCUCUAGUCUUUUCUUAUGAUGGAAAGAAAGUAUAACUUGUUGCUUUCCUUCUCUCUUAAGUCUCACUUUAGAAUAUUUUUUGUGUUUCAGUUUUGUAUUAGUUUUAAUAAUUGUUUUAUGAUACAAUUUUCGUUCACUUUUUGUAUUACUUUUUCAUGUUUUAUAUUUGAUACUUGAUUUGAUUUCUGUACUCGCUGGCUGCAGUAAAAGUAGCUGUCUUUCAGUCCUUGUGAAGGAGGCGUGGCCUGUGUGCCUGUCAGUCCCUGUCCCAGUGAAGGAGGCGUGGCCUGUGUGCCUGACAGUCUCUGUCCCAGUGAAUGAGGCGUGGCCUGUGUGCCUGACAGUCCCUGACCCAGUGAAGGGGUGUGGCUUGUGUGCCUGUCAGGUUAAGGUGGAGGUGCAGUCAGAUAAAACUAAAUAAUGAAAUAAUCUUCAUGUAUCUUGCUUACGUCGGACUUCAUGUAUCUUUCAUCUCAAACCUAAAGAUUUACAUCCCUAAUAUAAUACAAUAUCUAUGCAAUUCCACCUAAAUUAAUGUGGAACAAGAUGCAGUGUGUAUGUUUGUAUGUAUGUAUGUGUGUGUUGUGUGUGUGUGUGUGGGGCGCAACAUUACCUUUAGCUUUUAUAUUGAGUAUAUCUGAAUCUGUAAUAUUCUUAUGCAAUAAAACAUUUGCAAGCAGCAAACUGACAAAGUAUUAGUGUGUUAAGGAACAGAAAGCUUUCCUGCCUUUAUCGCUUACUCGGACCUGCACAGGCGACAGUAACCAGAAUUAACACACUCGACAUUCUUAGAAAAAACAUUUUUAUUUAAAAAUUUUUUUUUUAAAAAUUAAAAUUUGAAUAUAAAUAACACCAUGCGCUCUCAUACUCGGACACCUCCGAUUUUUUAGGGGUCCAAGCACUUGUUGAAUCUGGAAGAACUUUUUUCUAACUUUUUUUUCUUGUAUCUUUAAAGUAACUCCAUAUGCUUUGUCAGUUCAUAUAGUUAAAAGAAGAAGGUCCAGAUGUUGCUUACAUUCUUUCUCAAUCUGGAUGAAGAAUGACCAGAAAUCUCUCUCUGACCGUCUCUUAUCUUAAAAACACAAUAAAAACUUUGCACAUUGA